CUCUGUAGCACGUGGAUGCAUGCAGAGAUCACGUGCACCAAUAAUUUCCAAUUAUCGGGUCCGGGGUCGAAGCCAACCAACCUUGAAGUCCUGCCUGGCUGCUACCAUUACCAUUCACCGCACCAAAGCAUAUCCCUCGACGACGACGAAGAAGAAGUAGCCGUUGAAUCAAGGAUCAGGAUGGUGAAUUUGCUUAACGCGUUAAUGGUGACUCGGAUGUUGACUCGGGAGCACCUUCAGGCUGAGGCGGUGUCAGCUCUUGGCAGCGAGAUUCCGUUUGGCGAUGUGUGGUGGUUCGUGUACGCCGGCAUCUCCUGCUUCCUUGUGCUCUUUGCAGGGAUCAUGUCCGGCCUCACCCUCGGUCUUAUGUCUCUUGGUCUCGUCGACCUCGAGAUCCUUCAGCGCAGUGGUUCUCCUUCCGAGAAGAAGCAAGCCGCGGUUAUACUUCCCGUGGUUCAGAAACAGCACCAGCUUCUUGUCACUUUGCUUCUCUGCAAUGCUGCUGCCAUGGAGGCUCUUCCCAUAUACCUUGAUAAGAUAUUCAACCAGUUUGUUGCCAUCAUUCUCUCUGUCACUUUUGUUCUCUUCUUCGGGGAGGUUAUUCCACAAGCAAUUUGUAGUAGAUAUGGUCUUGCUGUAGGUGCCAACCUUGCAUGGCUUGUGCGAAUUUUGAUGAUAAUCUGUUAUCCAGUUGCCUAUCCUGUUGGAAAGGUUCUGGACCACCUGUUGGGGCACAAUGAGGCUUUAUUUAGGCGUGCUCAAUUAAAAGCUCUUGUAUCCAUUCACAGCCAGGAGGCUGGGAAAGGUGGUGAGCUUACACAUGAUGAGACUACAAUUAUCAGUGGAGCGCUUGAUUUGACUGAAAAGACUGCUGAGGAGGCUAUGACUCCUAUUGAAUCAACAUUUUCUUUGGAUGUUAAUUCAAAAUUGGACUGGGAGGCAAUGGGAAAAAUUCUCGCUCGUGGGCACAGCCGAGUUCCUGUCUAUUCUGGAAAUCCAAAGAAUAUUAUCGGUCUUCUGCUUGUCAAAAGUCUCCUCACUGUACGGCCAGAAACAGAGACCCCUGUCAGUGCUGUGUCGAUUCGGAGAAUUCCACGGGUUCCAUCAGAUAUGCCUCUCUAUGAUAUUCUUAAUGAGUUCCAAAAAGGAAGUAGUCAUAUGGCCGCUGUUGUUAGAGGCAAGUCGAAAGGGAAAGAAACUCCGCAGAUAAUUGAAGAGAAACAAGAAGAAAGCACUAGUAUUGAUGGGGAUUCACAGUUGACUACUCCAUUACUUCAGAACCAUGACGAUAAAUCAGAAAGUGUAGUCGUUGAUAUUGACAAGUCUCCAAGGUCACCCAGUGUUAAUAAACUAACUGGUUUGCAACGUAGUGAUAGCAAAACAAAUUCGUUUGAAAAUAUUGAAGAGGGUGAAGUGAUUGGUAUUAUCACAUUGGAAGACGUAUUUGAAGAACUUCUGCAAGAAGAAAUUGUUGAUGAGACAGAUGAAUAUGUUGAUGUUCAUAAGAGAAUACGUGUGGCUGCAGCUGCAGCUGCUUCCUCAGUGGCACGAGCUCCAUCAACCCGAAGGUUGACUAGCCAAAAGGGAGCAGGAGGCCAAAGUAAGCCCGGGCAAACUCCUAAGAAAUCUUCAGAGGAUCAUGGAUCCAAUUCUACAAGGUUUAGCCCGCCAACCUGCCGUUAGCACGAGAUAAAGGAGGAAUUCGGGACUACUUCACUAAACAGGGCGGGGCAGGCUAGGCCGUUUGCCACCCUCUGCAAGGUGAUGUUUACGAGGAAAAGUUGUGGAUAGUUUUUAUUUAUUUAUUUGAUUAUGUUAUCUAUAAAUUUUACAAGUUCCCUUCUAAAGAAGGAAUAUUUAUAUAUAUGUAUGCAUGUAUCAAUAUUACUGUUUAUUGAUAUUCUAAUGAAAGCUAAGAUUAUUGGAGUAA